CUAUCUAGCCGGUGCUGUCUCAACCGUCUUCAUCAACACUGCCGUCGCAAUGUCGUCGCCUUCAAUCGCAGACGCGUUCUGGGCAGCACCGCCCAUUGCUAGAACCCUCACAGCAGCUACGCUUGUUCUCUCCGUCAACUUUUGGCUCAUCCCCAUCAUCAGUUCCUACUACUUUGUCUUCGUUCCCCAGUUGGUGUUGAAGCUAUGGGUCCCUCAAAUCUGGAGACUUGUGACUGCCUUCUUUAUCACUGGCCCUUCGCUGGGUUUGAUCAUGGAUCCAUACUUCCUGUUCACAUACUGCAAGGCAUUGGAAGUUGAUUCCAGCCGCUUCUCUCAGCCAGGCGACCUGUUUGUCGCUCUGGUCUUCAUCUGUAGUGUCAUCUUGCUUCUCACAGGCAUCGUCUUUGGCGGAGGCUUGCUCUUGGGUCCGCUUCUACUUGCCCUCGCCUAUUUGCAUGUGCAAGAUGCUCCCGAUGGCAUGAUGACUUUCUUCUUCUUCACCAUUCGCCGCAAGUAUCUGCCCGGAUGUAUGUUGCUGGCAGCCUUCCUCAUGGCAGGUCCCAAUGAGGCUAUCAAGCAAGCCUUUGGUCUCGCUGCUGCACACCUCUACGACUUCUUGACCAGAAUUUGGCCAUCGUAUGGAGGUGGCACCAACCCUAUCAGCACACCACUGGUUGUGCAGCGUUGGUUUGCCAGGCCUGCCGGCGCAAGCACCACACGUGCGUAUGGCACCGCCUUUCAGAGUCGUCCUGCUGGCUCUGUCGGCGCCCAGUCUCAGACAAGCAGCUCUGGUGGUGGCGGCGGCUGGACCAGUGGCUUCACUUCGGGCUCAUGGGGAUCAAGAGGACCUGGCCGUAGACUUGGUAGUGAUUGAGCAAAAUAUCAUAGCAGUAGUCAUCUAAUGCAUCUAUCCCUCGUC